AACUACAGUACUGAUACAAAAGGGCGCUUACACGGUUUGGUUUCCACCACCAAGUUUGAAUCCUUUCCGUAUUUCCUAAGCUUUUCUUCUAGAUGCUGUACUAUCACUAUCGUUGAACGAACACUCUACACGUUUCAGACCAUUUCUGGGAACCUACGGCACCCGCCCGGUACUUUUGCACUUUGGAACUCUUACGACGAUACCCUACACACUUGGACACAAUCAUCACGGCACAGUGCAUAAUCAUUCAUGGAUUCGCUCUUUGGAAAGAAGAAGAACAGACAAAGGGGAUCAUCUAUAAGCGGGGGAGGCCUGGAGGAGCGAUCGGUCCCUUACAACAAAAUCGGACCGCCUCAACGAUCUCCUGUGACUGUGAAUACUGUUUCGCAGGGUCUUCGAAGCAACCCCGCGGCGGUCAUAUCUGCUCCCAUAACCAACCCAGGGCUCACUGCGAACGGGACGGAAAUGAAUAAAUUUGCCCAAGCAAAGUCGCGUGCAGAUCGCGAGCGAGCGUAUCGUGAGGCCACCGGGAACAGUCCUUAUGCAACCCGGCCAGGUUCCCCGAGCACCUCUGUUUACACUGCAGAAUCUGGGACGCUAUACAAUGGAUCUGAUUCGGCUUCACUCAAAGCCAACGCACGCAAAGUCCGCCAAAGCGGGAGCAACUCAUCCAUGACUGAUUUUGGCGUUGGUUCGCCCACUUCACCAAGCAGCCGUUUCCGCAAUCUUCAGCCAGACUCUGCCACGAUUCGUCCAACUUCGAUACAGUCUUCCAACCGACUUUCGAUGUCUGCACCUUCCAUGGUUUCCCAGGACUCUCACAACCGACAUCUGUCGCAUCUUUCGCAGCAUUUCUUCCAUUCGCCUUCUGAGUUUCAAUUGCCACGUCCGGAGAACAACGAGGAGAUUGAGGAGAUGUUCGAGGAGAUUAUGCGCGAACGAGACGUGAGCGUGAUGCCGAAUCUGUCAAUCGAACAGAAAUGGCAUAUCAUUUACAAUUCGGAGAGUCUGCGGUGGAAGGAAGCAAGACAGAAGGAGGAACAGGCAAGAAAGCAACAGGACUCGGGGCAACUUACCAGUAUUCUCGAGGGCUCGCCUGAAUGGUACAUCAAGAAGUUCAUGGACAAGACGAUCACCCCGAAACAGGCAGGGGGAUUGUUGAUCUCCCUACGUAGCAAGGAACUCGAUUGGUUUAAACAGUUUGUUGACGUGCGCGGGACGUCUGUGCUGGCGCAGACACUAAUGCACAUCAGCCGAAAGACUUUGCAACGACGGAAGGAAGAAUUGGAUAUUGAGCAUGAGGUCGCCAAAAGUUUGAAAUAUAUCCUCAACUACUCGUGGGCGGCGCGCGAAGCUCUUGCACAUAAUUUAAUCGUCACUCAAAUAGCUUCGACUCUAAAUACGCCUAAUCUCCAAACUCGGAAGCUGAUUCUGGAUCUUCUGGUUUUUCUGGUCUACUGGGAUGAUGGUCAAGCCCACAAUCUUGUUGUGGCGGCCCUGCAGACGCUUAGUGACGAUAAUCACGAGUCUGGAGGGUGCUAUGCAUUUUGGUUCAAGUCGUUUGAGCAAGCGUUGAUCGGAAGAGGAAAGAUGGGUACGCUAGUUGGUGCUAGUGAGGAGGUCAAACGACAUGGUGGACCCGAUCCUUCUCUCAACGAAUACACUCUUUCGAACUUGCUUCUCAUCAACGGUAUUCUGGAUGGCAUUGAGGACCUCGAUCUUCGAGUUCACCACCGUUCAUUGAUGGAGGCAUCUGGACUCCAACGCAUCAUUCGUCUUUGUCGUACAUUCGCCGUUGAAAGCAUAGAUUCUCAACUCAACAUUCUUCAGCAAAUGCUCGACGAUGACGAGAAGAAGCUGCGAGAGCGAAUGGACCAGGUUAUCCUCAAGGACCUUGCGAAUCCUGAGGACGUAUACAAGGCUCUUCAGGCAAAGACGCAGGAGUCCAAAGCGAAGGAUUAUUUCUUGUCCAUAAUGCAGCAUCUAUUGCUUAUACGAGAGGAAGGGCCUGCGCUUGCGCAUUAUUAUCAGCUUAUUGAUUCCAUGGUCACGGACAUGGUUCUGGACAAGAAGUUGGGUGGCGCUGAGCAGCGACUCGGACACUCCGUCGAACGUAUCAUCGCUCAGUUCAAUGAAGCCGAUCGGUAUCAACACGUCGAAGACGAACUCGCCAAAGCACAUGCUACGGCAUUACGGCUCGGCCUGGAGAAGGAAGCUCUGGAGGAAGAGAUAGCUAGGGGCGAGGGCGGCAUGGUCGGUGAAUUGAAAUCCAAAGUGUCGCAUCUGGAGGAGAAGCUUCAACAGUCAAGAGUCAAUUAUACUAGGCUUCAAGGUCAGCUCGAGACGCAGAAGCAAGGGUAUGAAGAGCAGAUCACUCAGCUAGAAGCUCAGAUCAUGGAGCUGUUCCGAAUGCUCAAGGAGGUUGGCAAGGGCGUUGACAAGAUCUUUGAGAACUCUGGUGCUAUGGACAGGAAGACCCUCAUCGACACUCUUGAGCGGCACUUUGAACGUGACAAAACUAUCAGCAUUCUGGAAGGUCGUGACAAGCGACGGAAGCGGAAGAAGGAUGGGCAGGAGGCUGAUGGCGAGGAGACAGAUAUCUCAGAAGACGAUGAUAACACACCCAGAAAGGCAGGCAGCUUGCGUCGACGGCCCGCCUCAACUGUAAAGAGUGGUCGCAACAAGUCUAUGAGAAAGACCGCUCGAGCAUCAGAAGCACAAAAUGGUCAUACUUCACAGUUCAUGGAUGCUGAUGAAGCUAUUGUACAGGAGCAAAUACAGCAGCAGCUCGCUGAAGGCGUGCGACUAUAUCCCGCACGCAAUGGUCCAUCCUCAAGCCCACGGAGCAUUCGGGGGUCACCCAGACGUAAGGACUCUAGCCGUCCUGCAUUGGGUGACUUCGCUCAAACGCCAAAUGGACUUCUUUCACCGCCGAUUGACGAUAUCGCAGAGCAGAGCGAACACAGCUCUGCUGCAGAGGAUCAGGAUGGUGAUCUCCGUCGAUCACAGUCGACGAGAAGUGGGUCUUCCGUUCUUACUGAGCCAACCUCGGUCAGUUCAGCAGCAUCGGCUGAUAGUCCGCGGACAGUUGUCCCGGGUUCACUUGCAGAUCAGUUGCGCAAACAACUUGCUGCCAAAGGCCGUCCGGUCUCUGAUGGCAGCCCAUUACAGUCACCUUCAGCACUUCCCCCUUUACCGGAAGAAGCAAAUGGGACGACGCCGCCCCCUCCGCCUCCGCCUCCACCACUGCCUGGAGGCUCUGGAGCUGGCUUCACUUCACCUCCCCCUCCACCGCCUCCGCCUCCACCUCCGCCCCCACCGCCAGGUAAGGGAUUCCCGGGGGCUCCUCCACCGCCGCCUCCUCCACCCCCACCACCCGGUAUGGGAGGCGCAUUCCCUCCACCACCGCCCCCACCCCCGCCGCCUCCUGGUAUUGGAGGUCGCAUCUCAUCCACACCUACUACUCCUGGUGCUCCGCCGCCGCCGCCUCCACCAGGCAUGCGAAGUGGAUAUGCAACGCCUAGCAGUGGUGCCACCUCUGCCCGCGCGUCUAUGUUCUUAAGUGCGAAUGUCAAUAAUCUUCUAUCCGCCCGCAAAGAUCUCCCCAUUACGCCUAGCACGAAGAUGAAGCAGCUUCAAUGGGACAAGCUUCCUCAACAACAAGUCGGGAAAACCGUCUUCAAUGAAGAUGAGCCUACCAAGGAACACGAGUGGCUUAGGAAGUUGCAGAUCGACGGUGUCUGGAUGGAGAUGGAGGAAGACUUCAGGGCUAAGCAACUUGUGAUCAAUCUCAUGGCCAAGCAAAAGAGGGCUGAACUUAAGAGUGUUCUCGAUCCACAAACUAAGAAGCGUGUCGAAAUUCUCAUCCAAACCGUCAAGAAACUCGAGCCGGAAGAGAUCGCUAUGAAGAUCAAACAUUUCGAUCAAGAUGUGUGCACAGAGGUGUUCCUAAGCGAACUGAAACCGGUACUCCCCAAUCCUGAACAGGUCGGCAAGCUCAAUGUGUACCGCAAUGCAGAGCCCGAAGAACUGGCUGGCUUGCAUCCCUCUGAUCGACUCAUGGUCCAACUCAUCAAGAUCGAUCGACUUGGGCCUCGUAUCGAAGGCAUGUUGUACAAGCGGACCUUUGAGGAGACAUGGGCGUUAUUGGACAACAGUGCAAAGAAGCUGAUUGAAGCUGGUGAAUCGCUCAUGCACGCGAAACACUUCAAAGAAUUGCUCAGCCUCAUUCUCCUUAUCGGUAAUUAUAUGAACGGUACUGGAGUCAAGGGUGGCGCCUUCGGCUUCCGCGUAAGCAGUAUCAACAAGAUGGUGGAUACGAAGUCAACUCAUAAUACUACCCUUCUUCAUUUCUUGGAGAGAACAGUAGCCAAGCACUUCCCUGAUAUGGAGCAAUUCCUUGAUGAACUCAAUGCACCUGCCGAAGCUUACCGAGUGAAUCUUCAAGAUGUUCGAAAAACCCUGGGUGAACUUCGCGAGGGCAUCAAGCGCAUACGCCAGGAGCUGUCUGACUACUUCUCUGACCCCGACCAGACUGAUCGAUAUGGCAUGCAAAUGUGGGCAUUCGUGGGACGCGCCGCCGAACAGCUAGAAGAUCUCGUGGACGAUGUCAACCAAGCCGACUCAAUAUUCUCCGAAGUUGUCAAAUAUUACGGCGAAGAUGACAAGAACAUGGGUUCCUCCGAAUUCUAUGGUAUCUUCAAGACCUUUGUCACUUCGUAUAAGAAAUGUAAGCACGACAACCAGACUAUUGCCGACGAGAAACUUGCUGUGGAGAAACGAAGGCAGGCGGCAGAACAAGCAAAGGCACAACGUCAGCAGGCGGCUGCCAACGCUACAACCCAAGAUGUAGAAGACACAUCUGCUCUGGACAGUCUACUCGAGAAGCUCCGCACCGGCAAUGGUGUUGGUCGCAAGGCUCGUCGCAGUCGACCCACUGCUUCCAAUCGCCAGGCCGCUCCGUUGACAUUGGAUGCCGAAAGUGUGUUAGAAGCUGGAAGUUCUGGCGACAACACAGCAGAUAUAGCCAGGGACAUGUUGGCCCGUCUGAAGAGUGAUGGGUUCAAUGCCAUCACGCCAUCGUCGCCGACAAGCUCGACCACGAACAGAAGUACACGGCGUUCAAGGCGAAAGCUGGAGACGUCUGGAUUCAAAGGAAUUGCGGAGGAGUUAGGAACCGCACCUAUCUUCAACUUACAAGAACCUUCCUUCGACGAUUCACAGGAGAACGACGAGCCACCAGGAGAAGAGACAGAGGGUGGCGAGGACUUACUAUCAGUCGUAUCGAUCGGGGCGGACGCAUCGUCUGAAACGGUGACGGACGAUUCGCAAUCAUGACAUUUCUAGUUACUUUUUCGUUUUGUCUAAUGUUUCUCGACAUUGCUGUGAUUUUUGUCAUCUAUACAUUCGCAUUUGCAUAGUUUAUUCUCUCCUUUCUUGGACCUCUUGUUUGCAUUUAAAUACUCACCGGCAUACAACUGUAUUUCUGGCAGCUUCUUCCAUCAUAUACAAUACCCCUUUCCUACUCACGGCUACUAGUUCAUAUGUGGUGCUUGCGUCCAAUAUGGCAAGACAAUCAUAAGCAUUAGGUUAAUCUCUCGAGGAAAUACAUCCUUUAAAAGAGCGUACACUAGAUC